UGUAAAUCCCGGCCGCCCGGCAGAAAAAACCGACGCAAUCCGAGCAUCGAAAACAUACACAGCCAUACAUAGAGAGGAGUCGUCCGUUGUCCUGGUUUAAGCAACCCCCAAUUCACGAAAACAAAAUGCCAGUCGCGAUCCCGCAAUUUCUGCUCCCCAGAGGAGCACCAUCAGCAAGAACCGUCCGCACCCUCCGACACCACCACCGAACCAUCCCAACCGCAUCCUCAUCUCCCCGCACCUUCACCACGUCCCCAAUCUCCCAUUUCCAAGAUAAACAAGACCCCUUCAAGCCACGCAUUCUGGACCAACCCGACAAAUUCCGCCCUCCUUCACAUCCCGCCCGCCGCGUCGUCCAAACCCGCAAUGGCAAAGUCAACGCAGGGCCCGUGAAUUACCCGGGUCCGAAGCCCACUGAAAAGGAGAAAGCGGAGCAGAAGACAAGAGAGUAUCCAAACAUGUUCCCACCAGAGGGCACGGUUAUGUUUAGGUUCUUGACGAGUCGGUGGAUUCAUGUUUGGAUUGCUAUGAGUAUCCUGACAUCCCUCGCAACAUUCACCUUCACCACAAACUUCAAGCGCACCUCUCCCUACACCCACUUGUUACCAUCCUGGUCCAGUCUCCUCUCGCGCCCCUUUGACACAAUCUCGCAAGCCCUCUCCGUCUACCGCAUGGACGUGGAACAUCGGUCCAUGAUGACGCGAGAAAAGCGUCUACAGCGCGUCGAGGACGCGGAGAAGAGAAGGAAGUAUCGCGUUGCGCAUGGGAUGGAGGAGGAUACGCGGAAGGAGGAAAAGAAGGAGGUCGUUGAUGAUCAGUCGCCUAUUGCGCAGGAUGUGGAUGGGAAGGGGGAGGCUUUUGUAGAUUGGGAGGGGAAUCGGAAGCCGGUUAAGAAGUGGUUUGGGAUUUGGUGAUCUUAUUGGGGGUUUGGGGGAUGUAGUGUCUCAUAUCACUUGUGAGUGAGUCGGUCGACUGGGAUACGGGGAUGUGGAUUAAAUGGAGCAGACUUGAACUCUUUUGUACUAUUAUGUAUGUACAUACAGCAUCUAUUAUGGUGACACGAUUGAAUCGCAUCUCUUGAGCAAAACUGGUGCCUCAUAA